GCCCCUUGCUCGGUCGCUGGGUUCGUGCUGUGUGAGGCCUCCCCGCCCCCCUCCACUGUUCCUCCGGGCCCUGUCGCGUCGGGAUGAGCCGCGCUUCCCCAUGGAGACCAAACGGGUCGAGAUUCCCAGCAGCGUCCUGGACGAUCUGUGCAGUCGAUUUAUUUUGCACAUUCCAAGUGAGGAAAGAGACAAUGCAAUCAGAGUGUGUUUUCAGAUUGAACUUGCCCAUUGGUUUUACUUGGAUUUCUACAUGCAGAACACACCAGGAUUACCUCAGUGUGGGAUAAGAGACUUUGCUAAAGCUGUGUUUAGCCAUUGCCCUUUUUUACUGCCUCAAGGUGAAGAUGUGCAAAGGGUUUUGGAUGAGUGGAAGGAGUAUAAAAUGGGAGUACCAACCUAUGGUGCAAUUAUUCUUGAUGAGACACUUGAAAAUGUACUGCUGGUUCAAGGAUAUUUAGCAAAGUCUGGCUGGGGAUUUCCAAAAGGGAAAGUAAAUAAAGAAGAGGCUCCACAUGACUGUGCAGCUAGAGAGGUGUUUGAAGAAACUGGUUUUGAUAUCAAAGAUUACAUCUGCAAAGAUGACUAUAUUGAACUACGAAUCAAUGAUCAGCUAGCACGCUUGUACAUCAUUCCAGGAGUUCCAAAGGACACAAAAUUCAACCCCAAAACCAGAAGAGAAAUUCGGAACAUUGAAUGGUUCUCAAUUGACAAAUUACCAUGCCAUAGAAAUGACAUGACCCCAAAGUCUAAGCUAGGUUUGGCACCUAACAAGUUUUUCAUGGCCAUUCCCUUCAUCAGACCAUUGAGAGACUGGCUUUCUCGAAGAUAUGGGGACUCCUCUGAUAGUGACAAUGGAUUUUCAUCCACUGGGAGCACACCAUCCAAGCUCAACAUGGAGAAAACAAGAUCCAAACUUCGUUAUAGCCAGCAGGUGUUUACAGAUGGCUCUCCAGGAGACCAGUGGACAAAGUACAGACAACCACAGCAACAGAAGCCAUAUAACAAUCAUUCUGAGAUGUCUGAAGCUCUAAAAAUAAAGAACAUGAGGGGUAAUGGUAGAAAGCAAUAUCAAGACACUUCUAACCAAAAGAAGAGGACAAAUGGGGUCCACAGUCAGCCAACGAAACAGAACCAUACAUUGAAAUGUGAAAAAAAACUUAAUCCAAGAAGACUUCAGGAUAACUUUGAAACAGAUGCAGCAGCGUAUGAUGUGUGUUUCUCCAUUGAAGACCUGCUGGAACAUACAGAGGCACACUCUGUGGCAUGUAAUGGUCAUUACAAAAUCACUUUCUCAUCAAGAGCUUUCUUGAGCUUCAAGUUUGACCAUGAUGCCAUAAUGAAAAGUUUUGACCUCUGACAGCAAACCUAUUAUGGAUGAACAAAAAUCAAAGACUGAUCUUUUGCAGUUGAGUGGGUUUCUAAUCCAGCCUUACUCGUUCUCAGGUGUUUUU